AUGAAGCGAGCGUUCUGUGUGUUGGCGGCUCUUAGAACUGAACAGAAGCAAAGUGUACUUGGCAAGAUGCUACCAAUAACCAAUUUCAAGGAAUGGAAGUUCCGUAGCACCCCUAACUACGCCGCUUUACCAAUAGAUGAGAACCCUGAGUAUAAUGUGCCGAUGGCAGUGAAAGAUGCGGUGUUUUCUGAGGUCCCAACAGAGCCUCUAGUGGGGACAUUACACCUGGUAUGUGCAUCAGAUGAUGCUCUCACAGACCUGUUGGACCUGCACCCCAGUGUAGCAGAGACUACAGAAUUCAUCAACUUUGUUGCUGGUGCUUAUUUGCCUGAGGGAGGACUUACUGUUUCACAUAGGUAUGGAGGUUACCAGUUUGGACAUUGGGCGGACCAGCUGGGUGAUGGUAGAGCUCACAUACUUGGGGAAUAUGUGAACAGCAAAGGUGAAUCCUGGCAGCCACAACUGAAAGGUUCUGGUGAGACGCCAUAUUCCCGCUUUGGUGAUGGUCGCGCAGUCCUACGGUCUUCUAUCAGGGAGAUGAUCGCAUCUGAAGCUUGCUACUACCUCGGCAUACCGACCACUAGGGCCGCCGCUUUGGUAGUGAGUGACGAUCACAAAGUUUGGCGCGACAAGACAUACAGUGGUCGCGCGAAACAGGAGAGGGCCGCCAUUGUGAUGCGUCUCGCUAACGCUUGGUAUCGCAUCGGAUCGCUAGAGAUUUUACUCAAGCGAAAAGAACCACAUACGCUCAAGUUGUUGACUGAUUUUAUCAUUAAACAUCAUUUCCCUGAAAUUGAGAAUGCUGAAGGUGACAAAUAUGUGAAUUUUUAUAAAGAAGUGGCUCAUAGGAACCUUGAUAUGGUGGCGACUUGGCAAGGCCUAGGCUUCACUCACGGCGUGUUGAACACAGAUAAUGUAAGCCUACUAGGUGUGACCAUAGACUAUGGUCCCUACGGGUUCAUAGACCACUACUACCACCAUUAUGUGCCCAACACUUCCGAUGACAUGGGCCGGUAUGCCUUCAAUAAACAACCGGGGAUUAUUCUAUGGAACUUGGAGAAAUUGGCUGAAGCUAUGGAACCAAUUUUAACAGCUGAGCAGAAACAAGAAAUAGAUCGCGUAGAAGCUACUCUAGAAAACUAUGUCAAAACAAAAGUAUUGAAAACCUAUCUACAGAAGUUAGGGCUUGAAGAAGUGAAAGAUGGUGACCAGAAGUUAGUGGACGAUCUACUUGAAGUGAUGCAGCUGAAGAUGGCGGACUUUACGGCUACCUUCAGACAACUAGCUGAGGUGGAACCACAACAGUUGUCAGAUAAGACAGUACUAGAGACCAAAUGGUCUCUUAGCAAAUUGAUUGGAGUACCGGCUUGGGACAAGUGGGUGGAAUCUUACCAAGAUAGGCUGAAGAAAGAGAAUGUGAGUGAAGAAGAACGCAGGCGUCGAAUGGUUGCAGUGAACCCUGUGUACAUACCACGCAACUGGAUCCUAGAAGAAGCGAUCAAAGACGCAGAGAACAAUGAUUUUGAAAAGGUACGCUUCUUAGUUAAACUGUUCAAGAAUCCGUAUGAAGUGAAUGAAGAGGCUGAGAAGCGAGGCUACUCCGCUCAACCGCCGAGCUGGUCUUAUGGACUCAAACUCAGCUGUUCUAGUUAA